GCAGAAACACACCUUAACCUUGUCAAAUCCUUCUACUGUUUCACUUUCUCUCUCUCUCUCUCUCUGCACUCCCACUUUCCUUUCUUCCUUUUCCCCAGGUUUUUAUUGGAAAAGAAAAACAAGGUCUCGUCUCUUUCCAGGUGCCGUAACACCUCCACUUUCUUCCCUUUCUUCCCCAUUAUUCCUUUUCAUCAACCCUUCUCUCUCACUCCAUCAACAACACACAAAAACAACCUCAAACAACACAAAAACACAACAACUCCUCACUUUCAACAAACUUGCAUGAUUUCCACUGCGUGCUAGAUCUCACACCAUGUCCUCUACUUUUUAAACUUUGCUUCUGUGCAAAUUCUCUGCUUGUAUAUAUAUAUAUAUAUAUAUAUAUAUAGUUGGUGACUGAGAAGAGUGGUUUUCAGUGGAGAGUGGCUAGGGAUAUAUCGAUGGAAAACUUUUACAAGCUCAACUCUCUCCUAUCUUGUACCCAGGAUGUCGUUAGAGAAGUCAACAUCAACGUUUCCGCUGCAUCUGAAUUGAAUCUAGGACUUGUGGCCAAUAACUUCCUUCACCUGGAACACCCAGAAACCUCUGAUAUGUCGGAACGGUUCAUCAAGUCCCAGAUCGCCACUCACCCUCUUUAUCCAAAUCUAGUAUCUGCUUACAUAGAAUGUCGAAAGGUUGGAGCACCGCCAGAACUCGCUUCACUUCUUGAAGAAAUAGCCCGUGAAAACCACCCAACGAAUGCUCUUCGUGAGAUAGGAGAUGAUCCUGAGCUUGACGAGUUCAUGGAAUCAUACUGCGAAGUUCUUCAUAGAUACAAGCAGGAGUUGUCCAAGCCAUUCGACGAAGCGACCUUGUUCUUGUGUAGUAUCGAAUUGCAACUCAGCAAUCUUUGUAAGGGAACACUCGCAUUGCCACUGGAUAACAACCGCUCAGAUGAGGCAGGUGGGACAUCAGAAGAUGAAUUGAGUUGGGAGAAGAUGGAAGCAGUGGAAGGUCACGAAUCUUCUGGGACUCGUCCCGGUGAUCAAGAGCUUAAAGAAAUGCUCCUUCGUAAGUAUGGUGGUUACCUUAGCAGCUUAAGAAAGGAAUUUUUGAAGAAAAGGAAAAAGGGUAAACUUCCAAAGGAAGCAAGGAGGAUACUCUUGGACUGGUGGACCACUCACUAUAGGUGGCCUUAUCCUACGGAGGAGGAGAAAGUGCAGCUAUCAGAAAUGACAGGGCUUGAUCAAAAGCAGAUAAACAAUUGGUUCAUCAACCAAAGAAAACGGCACUGGAAACCAUCUGAAGACAUGCGAUUUGCCAUUAUGGAUGGUGUAAGUGGCAGUGCCAUAGGUGGAGGACCUAUGUAGUUUAUUUCUGCACUCGUUGAUUUUUGCUACUUCUACCUCGUACUCGAGUGAUGUGUGCAUACCUUGUAUUUCUCUACAAAUGAUUUUUUGAACCUGCAUUUGUAUGCUGCAAAGUAGGUAUAUGUGCAAGAGUGUAACAGUAGCUAAUAUAUAUAUAUAUAUAUAUAU